UGCAAUGUGAUUGGUGGAUUAGGCGGAAGGGCGGGAACAAGGCGGCAACAAGGCGGCAACAAGGCGGCAACUAGGAAGUGAAGAUGAGUUUUGACAGAAAGAUGUGUACUGUAGUUUAAUCCCGUUAACUUUCCAUCGAUUGGACCACGGAACGGUCAGGGAGUACCGUUAGCUAGACCAACGAUAGCUAGCACGGAACCAAAAAUGGAGACUGCACGAAAACGUCGAGGCACCGAUUUACACACAACACAAACUAGCACUCCUGGUGGAUUGAAGGAAAAUGUGCCACAGAAGAAAAUGAAGCACUUCCACUUUGACCUGUGGUUCUGUCUGACUCUGCAGAACUGGAUACUGGACUUUGGAAGGCCUAUUGUCAUGAUCAUCCUUCCUCUGGAGUGGUUUCCCCUGAACAAGCCCAGUGCUGGAGACUAUUUCCACAUGGCCUACAAUGUCAUAACACCAUUCCUAAUGCUCAAGCUGAUUGAGCGCAGUCCCAGGGUGCUGCCUCGCUCAGCGGUCUACCUCUGCUUCAUCACUUUUGUCAUGGGAGCCAGCAUCCACCUGGUGGGAGACUCCAUCAACCACCGGCUCAUCCUGAGCGGCUACCAGCUUCAUCUGUCAGUCAGAGAGAACCCCAUCAUUAAAGACCUCCAACCUGCCUCACUGAUUGACUCCUUUGAGCUGCUGUAUUAUUAUGAUGAGCAGCUGGGACACUUAAUGUGGUAUAUUCCUUUCUUCAUCAUUCUGUUCAUCUACUUCACCGGCUGCUUCACCAAGGCCAAAGAACAGAAAAAGAUUCCUGUCUCUGGUUGGCUGUUGCUGGGACCCAGCGCCCUCUACUAUUGGUACUUGGUCACUGAGGGACAGAUCACUGAACUUUUCCUCCUCACCUUCCUUGCCAUGGUUGCUGUAGUGAUACAUCAACAGCGUAAAGGCCUCAGCCUAGACAGCAAUGGCCUGUUCCUGUUCUGUAGUUUCAGUGUUACUGUGCUCCUGGUGGCACUGUGGGUGGUCUAUCUGUGGAACGACCCUGUGCUACGCAACAAGUACCCCGGACUCAUUUAUGUGCCAGAACCCUGGUCCUACUACAUGUUACAUAUCAAGAAGAACCACUGAAUUACAUCUGUCCAGGUCUGUAUACCUCUGCGUUUGAAGAAAAAAUAUCUCUGCAUAUGCAUAUCUUUUUGUUCUUCAGCAGAUUUCCUGUGACAGAGUUAGUGGCUGCACUCGGGCACCGAUGACGUCACGCUCGAUGAAGUUUGUUGAUGUUCACCAAGCUCACUGUUAAACACAAGGUUCCACUGGCUUCAGCCAUAUAUUCAGAAGGGGAUCUGUCUCCUCUGUCCUCUGUCUAUUUCUAUAUUGAGAAACACCGACUUGAACAGGUUGGAAUUGUGAUGUUUUGCGAAAUGUUGCCCUGUUUUUCUGACUUUGCACAUGCGCUCAGAUCUCUCAAAACAGCUUGGAUCUUAUGACAUGAGAUCUGAGACUAUGAUAGAUAUGAUGCAUUAGGCCAGCACUGUCUAUCAUGUGCAUAUGACAUACAACAGGUUAGCAGGAACUGAGCUAUGUGUUUCAAAUAGCUCAGUUGCAUGUUUUGUAAUCAUUACCUACUUACUAAACUAAACUUACUAAAUGGAGGACUGUUUCAAAGCUUUUUUUUUUUUUAAGAAUAAAUUCUCUCAGGUAUUUAAAGGGACAGCAUACUGUUCUUAUUGCAUUAUUUCUGACACGAUGUGUGUAAGUAAUGUACAAUAUUAGUGUUCACAAUGGAGUCUAUUGUACAGAUUUUACAUUAUUCAAAAGGAAUUCAAGGAAACACGAGCAGACGACUUUUAAGAUACAAAGGAAAGCUCAUUUUUUAUAAAAGCAGAAUUUAACUGAUCAUUUGUUACUUUGCUGAUUGUUUUCACAUGUUGAAUGGACGUCUGCCUUUAGAGUUAUUGUUCUUACUGUAAUAUUGUGAUUGUUACUGUUUUGUACAGUAUUAUUUGUUUGCUUAAGAUCGCUUUGUUGCUUGUAAAAUACAGUUUACUUACUGGUUAGAUUUUACGUAUGUUCAUCUUAAUUAAAAUGUUGAAAUUGA